UGGCACUGACUUUGACGGAGUUGAUAUUGAGUUGAUACGUAUGAGAUCCCGAAAACGUGUCUCAUUGCAAGCUUAAGCACCGAACCCAUUCGUUUUCCACUCAUCAGCCGGUUAUCCUUGGGUUAUCCCAUCUCUGACGAUGAGCCCUCCGUAUCCGAUACCAAACUCGACUCUUAUACCCCAGCUACAUCUGCAGAAGCAUCCAGAAGGCGGCUACUUUGUUGAGACGGACCGUCAGUCUGAGACGGUACCCUCCCCUUUUGCCGGAGGUGCUCCUCGCUCGUUGGCCACUAGUAUCUACUAUCUGCUCGCGCCCGACGAGAAGAGUGGAGUCUUUCACAUGAACACGUCCGCGACUAUGCACGUCCUCCACCAGGGCCGCGCAGAAUACGUCCUCAUAACGCCGCCCUCAACGCCAGGCAGCCCUCCGAAAGUAGAGAAGAAGAUAAUGGGCCCGAAUAUCCAAGCGGGCGAAGUCCUACAAUUGCUCGUCCCGUCCGGGAUAUGGAAGAUGUCACGCCUCCUCCCGGACGACCUCGCCGCUGCCGCUGACGCCGCGAAAAGGGACCACGUAGGCUGCCUCAUCACGGAGGUCGUGUUUCCUGGCUUCGCAUGGGAGGACCAUGCGUUCUUGACGAAGGCAGAGCUCGAGAAGCUGUACGGAGGCUUGGAUGAUGCCAAGGAGUGGCUCGCGUACGUGAAGAGCGGAUGAUUGGCUGAGGUUAGCCUGCGAUCUUCAUCUUCUGUGAGCGUAAUGUGCACAAUUCCAGAUCUGAACACUUCAUUCGCAUGUUGAUCACAUAUACUGCACAAGCAUGUAUCCCAGCGUUGAAUAAACGUAGGAUCAUCAGAAGAUCAGGUUUAACCGCCUAUUGCUGGAUGUCCUUUGACUUCACAGAAACCAUCAGACAUGGCG